GACUACAUCAUGCAUGACAGCCGAGCGCCAAAGUCAAAAUGCAUCCGGACAGUGUCUGAAUUUGGAUUUGCUUUGCCGUGCGAAGCGAACUCAAACGGGGCACAAACUGUGAGGAUACAGCGGGUCCGAGCAAAGACCCAGCACAAACCACCGAGGUGACAACGUUCGUGUCGUCGGAGUCGAGCCGCUCCAAUGCUGAAACAUCACCGGAGGGAGAUUCAGCCUCCCUGGCUGCGAAAGACAAACACGGCUCAAAUGCUGCCGCUGCAGGCUUCCCCGAAAGAAAAGCUCGACCACCGCAGGGGCAGCGCAGCAAGAUGUCCUGCGCAAAAGGAGAUUAAUAUUGCGCCCAUUUUCUUACGUACACCACGGCAGAAGACGAGUAAGGCGAGCGGCGAUGAGAAGCUGCGAAAGCCACUGGCUUCCCCUCAGAGCGAGGGUUGGCGAAGGGUGAAAAGUCAGCAUCGGUUACCGACCGAGACAAAGGGGUUUGUUCCGUCUACUCGGAGAGGGCGGCUGUCACCCUCAACUCUGCACAGCUGCCUAGAAGAAAUCCAAACGUCUAAUCCGGCGUUUCCAGUCCAGACAGUGUUCGGCGCUUUGCAGAAGAAAGCGGGUGGAAGACUGCAGGAUUCCGGACCCUCGGGUGAGACCGAGCAGCGGCUUGUAAACGGCGCGACUGUCCGCGCAUUGCGUUCACCCAAAAUGCUCCCGUCCAAAGCAGGGGACUCCCCACAGAAGCACCUCAAAGAGAAGAGGAAGCGAGGAGAUGAGGGCUCCGAGCGGGAGUCCAAGCGCCCGAGGUGUAGUCCCACUGCACAGGGUGUCGUCGGUAGGGAUCGGUGUCCCCUGUCAGCACCGGGCGUCCGGGACAGUACCGUCCUCCCCGUGACGAGGCGGCCAGGGAGCAGGAAGCUGAGUCGCACUCACAGACUGCGGCAGCAGAGCGGGAGCCGCCGCGAGCCGAACUCGGGAGGCACCGAUGGCGUGGAAUGUUCCGGCCAGUCGCCCAUGCCCCGUGGUACUCUCCACGGAGAAUGCAGUUUGGGGGAUACUCUCUGGACAGACAAGUACAGCCCUGGGCAUUCAAGUGAAGUCGUCGGCAACUCUGUCUCAGUGAAUAAACUCCACAGUUGGUUGAGGAAAUGGAAACUGAGAGCUGACUGUGAUGAGAGGAGAAACAUGGAGGAAAGGAAAGAUAAAGACAACAGCAAUGACUCGUGGGACUGUGGAGACUUCCAAGGUGAGGCUGGGGCAGAAGGCGACAGAGAGGAUCCACUGUGUAACGCCAUGCUGAUAACGGGACCUCCGGGUGUGGGGAAGACUGCCGCGGUGUAUGCCUGCGCACAGGAGCUUGGGUUCAAGGUGUUUGAGGUGAACUGCUCCUCACAGCGCAGUGGCCGCCAUGUUCUGUCCCAGCUGAAGGAGGCUACCCAGUCCCACCUAGUGGAGGCGUCGGGCAAGGACCCGCUGAAACCAACUUACUUCAACAACUACAACGCCAGCAGCUGCGCUGCUAAACCUGAGGCUUUACCUGGAAAAACAGUGCCUCCUAAAAAUGUCAUCUCUACCUCAAAAAAGAGGAGAGCACAGAACUUUGGCCGCUCUACUCGCAAAGGAAAAGCUAAUCCAGCCACAGUCACGCUGGCCAGCUACUUUAAGAUGAAGGCCAAAGCAGAUCACUUACACUUUCGUGGCCUGUCGCCAUCUGAGAAACCAGACAGUAAGAAAUUGGGUUUCUCAUCACCCGGCUGUGAUCAAACAGCGCCACGGAGCAAAAAGACAGCCACAUCACUCAUUCUGUUUGAAGAGGUUGAUGUCAUAUUUGACGACGAUGUAGGUUUCCUCGCAGCCAUCAAGACUUUCAUGACAACCACUAAAAGACCAGUCAUUCUGACCACCAAUGAUCCCUUGUUCAGAGAGCGAUUCAACGGCAGCUUGGGGGAAAUCAUUUUCAAAACCCCACCAGUGGCGAAUGUCUGUAGCUACGUGCAGCUGGUGUGUUUGGCUGAGAAUCUGCGACCGGAGUUGGAUGAUGUCCGCAGCCUCCUCAGACUCACCUGUGGUGACGUCAGACGCUGCCUGCUGCAGCUGCAGUUCUGGGUGGACAGCGGUGGAGGCUUGCCCAAGGAGCCUACUCCCAUACACUACUCAUGUGCUGCUGAAGGGGGAGACAGUUUAGGCUCCAGUCUUCCCCCAUGUGACACAGGCUGCACUGCCAGCAUGCUCGGCCUCCACCCUGUCAACCAAAACCAACUGUUGGACCUCCUAAAGCACUGGUCUGAAACAGACUCGAACAAGCUCCUGAGGCUCCUAGCUGAGAGCUGGAAAGGAGGUGUGCCUCUUCUCUACACCAACCUGGAUCUCCUUCUACCCAUUGGCGCCAAGGAAACUUCAGCGCACUACCCGGACAAGGAGACUCGUUCCGUGCUGCAGAGCGAGCUGGCGCCCUCUGACACUGAUCCUCACUUCCAGCGGCUCAAUCGCAAUGUCAGUCCAAAGGCGCCAGCGACCAACUGCAAAUGCGUUAGGAAUAUCUCCAGGCUUAGUAGAAGGAAAUAUAUGGCAACAGUGUUCGACACCACGUCAUCUUCCACUUGGACCCACAAACCUCAAAGAACCUCAUUAUCAUUAAAGGGGGCUCAUUCAAGACUCCCUAGUUCAAGCGAAUCGACUGAACAAAUAGCAACCAAAGUGGAAACCGACUGCUUAGACGCCCUGGCUGACUUCUUUGACCUCAUGUCGUACCUUGACGUCACACUGCCGGCUACAGCACUGCUCGUUUCAGGCUCAUGUAGACCUGAGGCUUUUGUCUGGACAGGAGCAGGGAUAAGGGACGGCUUGUUGGAUGAGAUGAGCGAGGAGGAGGGCAGGAGCUGGAGCCAGGAGAGGAUGUUGGAAAUUCAGGCUGCUGCUGAAGGCUUGGGGUGUCACAGAUGCUGGCGGCGAGUACGUGAGGCGUGGACUGAAGCCCAAAAACACAGACAGGAAGUGGAAGAAAAAAAGUGGGAGAGGCUGGUGGAGAGACUGACAUUCCCCGCCUCUCCCAAAACACAGAGCCUCAGAUUUAGUUUUCAACCUCUGUGUGCACCAAGUGUGUCCCAGAGGAGGUACGAGCUGAGCAGGACGGUGCUCAGCAGUAAAUCCUUCAGCCUGCUGGGGAACAGACAAGCUGUCAGUGUCGACUACGUUCCGGCCCUCCGCUCCAUCUGUCGCUUUCACAGAGCACAGCAACAGAAAGAGGAGCCGGUCGGGUGUCUGAACUACCUCGGCAGCAGAGACCUGGGCCUGUCAAAGUCAACUCUUCAACUCCUGGCAGAAGAUUUCUCUUAGAGAAAAAUCUGGAAAGACUACCUCACCUUAUGAAUACUGAAUACUGUUAAUCAAAUGAAGUUUACACACUUGAGAUGGGAAAUCCCGUUUUAUUCGUAUGUAAAUGCAACCAUGAAGAGUAAAUAAAAGUUAUUUUUGUAAAUUAGCAUGAUCUUAUAAAAUUCUUUUAGGGGUCUCCCUUUUUAAAGAACGAAAAGCAUUUUGACUGUUCACAUACAGACAUGGGUUGCUGAUGAGAAACAUAAU